CUUUCUCUUUCCUUUUCUGUAAUAAUCUUUUUUUUCUCUCUCUCUACUUUCUCUCUCCUCAUUUCUCUGAGCUUUCAGAACUCAGAUAAUCCAAACUAAAAUAAACCCAGAAUUUCUCGUUUAUAAAUAAACAAAACCCAUAAUUAAAAAUUAAAAAUUAUAGAGAAUUGAAUAAAUUUAGGUUUUCCCCUCAUUCAUCGCAGCUGAAGUAAAUCGGAUUUUGUGAGAAAAAAGGGGAAGAGGAAAUAUAGGGUGAUUUUGGAGAGAGAAAAUUUUGAAAGAGAGGAUCGAGUUUGGAUCCGGUUCAAGGUUAUUCGAAGAGUCCAUUUUUGUCUCUGUUAGUCAACGGAUCCGACGUCAUUUCUUCAGAUCGGUGAUUAUUUCGUCGGUUAUUAUUAUUUGAUCUGAAGAAAAGGGUCAUUUGGCUGAGGAGAGAGAAAAAUGGCUCUUAGAAAGGCAGUAGGGCAGCUGAAGGACCAAACGAGUAUUGGUCUGGCGAAGGUAUCCAGUGAUAUGGCGCCGGAGCUUGAGGUUGCCAUUGUUAAGGCGACGAGUCACGAAAAUGAUCCGGCUGAUGAGAAGUAUGUUAGGAGGAUUUUGACUUUUACGUCGUAUAAUCGAAUGUAUGUGAAUGCCUGUAUAACAUCUAUCUCGAGGAGGCUUGGGAAGACCAAAGAUUGGGUUGUGGCAUUGAAGGCGUUAAUGUUGGUUCAUAGGCUGAUGAAUGAUGGGGAUCCUGUUUUCCAACAGGAGAUCUUGUAUGCGACUCGAAGGGGGACUAGGUUGUUGAAUAUGUCGGAUUUUAGAGAUGAGGCUCACUCGAAUUCAUGGGAUCAUUCGGCUUUUGUGAGGACUUUUGCUUUGUAUUUGGAUCAGAGGUUGGAAUUGGUGUUGUUUGAGAGGAAGCAAGGUGGUAAGGAGAUCAAUGGAGGGGGUAGUGGUCAUGGUGGUGAGAUUGUUAGGUAUGAGCCAAGGGAUGAUAAAUUCAGGUCUCCACCUAGUCGAUAUGAUUAUGAUUAUGGAGAAUUUAAAGAUGAACCUAGGAUGAGGAGAACUAGGUCAUUUGGGGAUGUUGGUGAAGCAAAUGGCCGAGAGGAAGACAAGGCUGUCACUCCACUGAGGGAAUGGAAGCCUGAGAGGAUUUUUUCAAAAAUGAGUCACCUGCAGAGGCUUUUGGAUCGUUUCUUAGCAUGUCGGCCUACCGGAAUGGCAAAGAAUAGCAGGAUGAUACUCGUUGCCUUAUACCCUGUUGUGAGGGAAAGCUUCAAGCUGUAUGCUGAUAUCUGUGAGGUUCUCGCUGUUUUACUUGACAAAUUCUUCGAUAUGGAGAAUGCAGAUUGUGUGAAGGCUUUUGAAGCUUAUGCUAGUGCUGCAAAGCAGAUUGAUGAGCUUGUGGCUUUUUACAACUGGUGCAAGGACACUGGUGUUGCAAGGUCGUCAGAGUUCCCGGAAGUGCAAAAGAUCACUGAUAAACUCCUUGAAACCUUAGAGGAGUUUGUGAGGGACAGAACUAAGAGGCCAAAGAGUCCCGAGAGAAAACCAGAGCCUGAACCAGAACCCAAAGAGGAGGAACCAGUGCCUGAUAUGAAUGAAAUUAAAGCAUUACCUGCACCAGAGGAGCCCGCUCCACCACCCCCACCAGCACCAGAACCUGAACCAAAGCCGCAGGUGACUGGGGACUUGGUUGAUCUAAGAGAAGAGGGAGAAAGUGCAGAUUCUCAGGGUAAUAAGUUUGCAUUAGCUUUGUUUGCCGGAGCUGCUGAAAAUGGGAAUGGAUCAUGGCAAGCAUUCGAUAAUAAAGAGGGGAUAACCUCUGCGUGGCAAACUCCAGCUGCUGAACCAGGGAAGGCAGAUUGGGAGCUGGCUUUGGUGGUAACAGCCAGCAAUCUCACUCACCAGAAAGCGGCUAUGGGCGGUGGAUUAGAUCCCCUACUUUUGAAUGGUAUGUAUGAUUCAGGAGUUGUGAGGCAACAUGUGACAGCUACCCAGAUGAGUGGAAGUGCUAGUAGCGUUGCAGCGCCUGGAAAAUCCGCAACACCAGUUUUGGCUCUCCCUGCUCCAGAUGGUUCAGUUCAAACGGUUGGUGGAGACCCGUUUGCUGCUUCUUUGAGUGUUGCACCCCCUGCAUAUGUACAAAUGGCUGACAUGGAAAAGAAACAGCACUUGCUUGUGCAAGAGCAGGUUGUGUGGCAACAAUAUGCCAACAGUGGUAUGCACGGUCAAGCUACUUUGGCUAAAAUAGGAGGACCUGCCUAUUAUACUCCCGGAUCCAACUCAAUGAUGCCCGCUGUUAAUCCGAUGAUGCCAUAUGGUCAAUAUGGAAUGCCGCCACCCAAUGGCUAUUACUACAACCCCAUCUGAUUUUUGUGCCCAUAUAUGUGUAGCUGACCUUUUUCUUUUCCUUUCGUUUGUUUUUUAAUUUUUUUUUUUGUGAUCCCGAUGUUCAUUGUAUCACUUGUUUGUGAUUAUAUGUUCACUUCUUCUCCAUGGAUAAGAGUCGGAUGGAAACAAGAGAUAACGGAGCAGAAUGAUUCGUGAUUCGGUAAAGUUGAUUCCGAGAGGGGCAUUGUCUUGUAGUAUUGCACCUCUGAUUUGUACUAUUAAUUUUUUUUCUUGAACGUAUAAUACGUGUGAACAACACUAUAUUCAUCGAGUCUUAGAGUGAUAAAUUUUUUCCUCAUUGUAUCUCGUAUCCUCCUUGUUGAGCAAUGUAAAAACUUGUGUCAUAACAUACAUGUUGAUCAAUUGUAAUGCAUGAAGUGUAGCGGAUGGCAAAUUUGUUCAA